GUGGUUCGAUGUUCAGUGAACUAAGAAAUGGAAAAUUUUUUCUUGGCAGGACGAAUUAAUUAAUUUUUUCAAAUGGAUAGGUUGGGAUUGGUGGCAAAGAACCCAGAGCACAAGGGCCGUACUACGCUGCGAGGACCGUCUUUCUUUGAGAGUAAAGUGGACGAGGAAGACAGUGAAAGCGAAGAGCAAGAAAACGAAAACUUUUCAUUUGAGGAAAGUGUUGAGGAUGUGGAAGCAGAAGACGAAUCGAUCCCCUCGCAGCUUAACAUUUUGCCGAGCAUUCCCUCGGACGACGCACUCCGCAAGUAUUCAUUCAAACUCAAGCACAACGAAGCUGGCAAUAUUCUCACUGUGCAUCAUACGGUGACGGAGGAUGGCCAGCUACUGCGCAUCCAGAUUGCAGCCUGCUGCUUCAAUGACCAGAGCAACAAACUGGUUGUCAUUGACAAGCGUGGCAGCAUCUUCGUUUUUGAUUUUGUUAGCAAACGCUAUUGGCGUCUCAGUAUUCGCAUGCCCAAGGCUAGGCUGAUCCGCCCAUCGCCCCUGCACAGGAACGACUACAUUGUGGGCAAUAAGUUGGGCCAAAUUUACACUAUCGAUGUGGACAACUCGAUCGUGUCCACCUGCAGUGAGGUGGGCACUGGAGCCAUCGAUGAGCUCAGCUGGAGCAGCAAUGACGUGCAGGACACUCGCAAGUGGACCACACUGAUGCGCUUUGGAAGCGAAGCAGUCUUGGUGAAUCUCAAGACGCUGAGGGUGUCGCAUCAGCUGGAGUUCGACGAGUCGCGCUACACACUGAAGUUUGCCGGGUUCCUGCCAAACUCGGAUCAGUUCUUCACGUGCUUCACCAACGAUUCGCUGCAUGUGUGGUCCUCGCACUCCUUGGGCACCUUGCGGUCAGCCCAGCCCAUAAGGGCCAGAGAUCGGAGGCUGAGGCUGCUGCCCGCUGGCAAAUCCAUGCCAGAGAUCACCCUACGUGGCCCCAACGACAGUGACGUUGAGGAUGAGCUGGCGUUCGAGUGUAGGGACCACGACUUUGCCGAUGGGCUCCUGCUCAGCUAUUGCUUCACACCCGAUGGAAACAAGCUGUGUUUGAGCGCCUUGGAUGGCUAUCUUCUCAUGCUGAGCACGGCUUCUUUCGACCUGGAGAAAAUGUACCGGCUGACUGACUUCAUUCUGAAGAAAAUGGCUUUCCUUCCUCAGCCCAAGGAGCGGAUUUUGUUCGGCAUAACAGCCAGGAAUCAAGCUGUGAUGCUAGACUUGGCCCACACGGAUCAAAAGUUGAUUGUGCAGCGCUCGAAAGCGGCCAGCUUAAGCUUGAGUCGGGAUGGGAAGCUGCUCAGUGUCAUCUCUAAAUGUGGCGAGGUAAAUGUGUGGUCCACUUGCCGACUGUUCAAUGCGCUGCAGGCCCAGACAAACUGCCUCAUCAAACUGAAGUCCUCGUUCAAACAGCUGACACCUCUGCCCACCUGCACUGUCAGCGGCUGCAUGAACCAAGAGGUGCGGCAUCUACUGAAGCCUGAUCGCCUGAAGGCCAUGCUCAAGGAAUACGGCUGCUACCCGGAGAAAUAUCGGUUUCUUAUAUGGACAUCUCUGCUGGAGCUGCCCUGCAAUGGCAGCCAGUUCCAGUCCCUUAUCAAGCUGGGUACACCGGCCAAUGUCAGAAAUCAUGGUAGGAAUCUGAAAAUUCGCAACGAUUCCCAGAGGCGUGGAGUGAUCAAGGUCUGGGCUUGUCUCUCCCAGUGGUGCAAGGUCAUUGCCUAUGCGGACUUCAUGCCGCAUUUGAUCUACCCGUUUGUGAAGCAGUUGCCCAAGAACGGCCUGGUUUCCUUUGAAGUUGUUCUGACGCUCAUCCUAAACCAUUUCCACUUGUGGUUCGAGUUCCAUCCCUUGCCGCCUUCCAACUAUCUGGCCAUGUGUGAGAAUCUCCUGCAGCGGAGCGACGAUAAGCUUUGCAAGUACUACAAGUCCCUGGGUGUGUCGUCUAAGGACUAUGCCUGGUCUCUGCUCAGUAAUGCCUUUGCGGAGGUCCUGGAGGAGCAGCAGUGGCUCAUUCUAUGGGACAAUAUUGUCACGGAGCCACCAUUCUUCCCUAUAUUUCUGGUAGUGGCCUACAAUCUGGUUCAGCGAGAGGUUCUUCUUCGGUUGCCAGACCACCGGACCAUCGUCGAGUUCUUUCACGACCAGAAUCCAGUUGAUAUAUGCCAGCUAAUUUCGAAAGCGCGCAAACUGGCUGCCAAAUGUGAUGCCACCCUGCAUCCCAAGCGCUUCAUUCCACGAUUCACACCCAUACCCAAGGGUGUGUAUCCCAAAUUCCUCAACUAUCCCAGCGAAUGGAUUGAGCAGCAAGAGGAGCAGUCGGAUAAGAUUCAAAAGUCUCAGCAGGAUAUCGAUGCGCGCAUACGAAAUCUAGAACUGGAGGAGGUCCGCAUGAUGGAGCGCCUGGAAAACGGCCUCAAGCAGGAGGAGCACACUCGUCGCGUCAAGGAAAUGGAGGAACUCUAUGCCCACACCAUCCAACGGGAAGAGGAGCGCCUCGUCUGCCAGCGAAAAUUGCUGGUUACAUAUCAAAUGGAGGUUCGCCGGCGAAAGAGUGAAGUCAUCACAAAGCUGCAGGAGUCCGAGCAGCGACGCAAGGUCAUCGAAAUGGAGAAGGACAUAGACCAGCUUAUGCACACCAUCGAGCGGGAGAGGCGACGCCACAACCAAGAGAUGCAGCUGGCCGAGGACGAGAUUCACAACCAGGAAAUGGACCUCUUGGCCCAACGCUACUACAAUGAGUGCGAGGGUGCGCCUUUGGCACAUAAGUACUACGAUAAAAUUCAAAAACUGUGCCAAGAGCGGGACCAUCUGCAGAAAAACUUGCGCAGGAUGACCAUGGAAAAAGCGCAGCCCACGGACUCAUCACAGCUAAUGCAAUCACCGCUGUUGGCCAUCGAAAGCUCCAUUGCGGAAAUCGUGCGAGAGCUCUCCGACAUAAUAAGCACUGACAGAUCAGGAACGUAAAAGCAAUACUUCUUAGAUGAAAGCACAACAAAAUAUGGCCUUAUUGUACAAAUACAUAAAUGUCUAAGCUAGAAUUAUUAUCAUGGCACCAUAGCAUACAAAUGUGUAAAUAAAAUCAAACAAAUUCAUAA